UAUUCCCGAUGACCAAAUAGAUAAUAACCAACGUACGACUGUAGUAAUUGGCUUUGUUAGUAAUCAUAUGGGAGAAGAAUUCAAUCAGUUUGGAUUUGCUUGGGUAACUAUAAUUCAAAAAUUUACUAGAAUACCAAAUCAUAGGAGUGAAGGAACUGCCCUUCAAUUUAAUCAUUUGGAUUUUAUUACUGCUAAUAUUCAUUAG